UAUCCCUGUGUCUGUGCAGUGUACGCGUGGAAAGGAGAGACUGAUGAGGAGUAUGUGUGGUGCAUCGAGCAGACGCUGUUCUUCAAGGACGGUCAGCCCCUCAACAUGAUCCUGGACGACGGAGGAGACCUCACCAACAUGGUCCACACCAAAUACCCCAAACUGCUCGCAGGUAUCCGUGGUGUCUCAGAGGAGACCACUACAGGUGUACACAACCUGUACAAGAUGAUGAAGAAUGGCGAGCUGAAAAUGCCUGCAAUCAACGUCAACGACUCCGUCACAAAGAGUAAGUUUGACAACCUGUACGGCUGCAGGGAGAGUCUCAUCGACGGCAUCAAGAGAGCCACGGAUGUGAUGAUUGCCGGUAAGGUGGCGGUGGUGGCUGGGUACGGGGACGUGGGUAAGGGCUGCGUCCAGGCUCUGCGCGGCUUCGGAGCCCGCGUCAUCGUCACAGAGGUCGACCCCAUCAACGCCCUGCAGGCCGCCAUGGAAGGUAGAGGAUGAUUCCCUAAACAACAUCAUGGAGAG